UUAAAAUAGACAAGGAAUUUCAACAAACUGAAAAGUUUAAGCAUCAAUAAACAAGCUCAGGCCUUUUCCUCUUUUCAUUACAUCUAACCCGUUCCUCGCUCCACGACAUUGUCUCAAAGAUAUUUUCACCAACUCUUGCUAAAAAUCUCAACAUGGGAGAAAUUAGACGGCCAACAUUUAUUGUUGCAAUUAUUCUGUCAAUUUGCGAAUCUCACUCUGCCCUUGCGUCCAAUGUUGUGAGCCUUCUGGUCGGAGAAAACAGAUUUUUGUUGGAAAAUUGGUACACGAUAGAUGUUGGGGACAUAAUUGCCAUUUUCACAGGGGUCACGGUCGGGUUAAUUGUUCUCUUUGUUAUGCUAACUGUAAUCACGAUGGAUCAUAAGACAAGGAGAACUGCAGCUGAAUUAAAAUCACCUCAAAAAGGAUUGCCGAUGCAACUGCAGGCUCGUGUGCUAAGGGCCAUUGAAGACAUGGAUCAGAUGCACAAGGCUAAUUAAAUUCAAUUUGGGCACAUAAAUUACGCCCUAAACACGAAUCAACGUCUCAACAAGGCGAGAAUUCUGGUCGACUUUUAUAGCGUUUUAUGCUUUCGUCCAAUUGUACAAUUAAUAAAGUAAUGGAAAAAGUAAAUCUGUGCCAAGCUGGAAGUUGUAUUAUGGCAUAUGCAUUAACGAGCUCACUCACUCUCA